AUGUUCCCGCCCGAAAUCGGUUGUGUUGAUGAAUAUAAUAGUAGCUAUGUCGACGAUCACUACGCCUACCAAUGUGAUCACUAUGGCCACAUGAGUGACAUCAUUAACGUUGCAUCUUCAUCAUCAUCAUCAUCAGCAUCCUCCUCUUCCUACCAAUAUUUCAGUUUCACUACUACUGCUACUGCUACAGACCAUGGGUGUAACAAGGGCGAUGAUGAUGAUGAGGCCGGGUUCUGGAACGAAUUGGGCCCACUCCUUCCUGAGCCUUCCAUUCAGCCUCGCAGCAACAACACCUCAACCCACCACUCCCCUGCUGUACUUGUGCCUACGGGAGACAAGGCGGCGACGCCUACUAACGGAGCAAACGCGCUGACGAGGGAAUCGGUGUCCAAAUAUUUUUACAUGCCGAUAACGCAGGCGGCGAGGGAGCUCAACGUGGGGCUGACGUUGCUCAAGAAGAGAUGCAGGGAGCUGGGCCUCAAGCGGUGGCCCCACCGCAAGCUCAUGAGCCUCCAGACCCUAAUCUCCAAUGUUCGCCACCUACAAGGCGAUGACCACGACAGCAGCAGAUCGGCGAGAUUGAAGGAAGCCAUAAGGGUGCUGGAGAAUGAGCAGAAGCUGCUCCAAGAGUGUCCCGACCUGCAGCUCCAGAGGAAAACCAAGAGGCUCAGGCAAGCUUGCUUCAAGGCCAAUUACAAGAACAAGAAGAAGCGGACCCAACACUACUUUGAUGCCACUAGUACUACUGCUUCUCCUCCGGCUAACAGCUCCACUCGGCAUCAUACUGCUCCUCCUGCAACUGCAACUACUACUACCACCACAUUCGCUGCUCAAGCUCAAGAAGGUGACGAUGAACAAGGGGAUGAGGAAAUCAAAUCGCUGUUGCUCCCUGUGCUUCAUCACGAUCAUCAUUACCAUGCUCCUAACUUUGGCUUCUGA